AUGGCGUAUGCACUGCUUUCGGGCAUUCGCGGUCUGUUGGCAGGAAUCUAUGGGCCGUGGCAGCAAACAGACGGCUCGCGACGUGUCCCCGCAACGAGACUGGCGCGUAAAGUACUGGGUACGCGAGCCUUGCCACGCCGCGGUCCAUCACUGGGGAGUAUCUGCCUCUCUCUCUCUCUCUGGAACCCGAACUUUGGCCCGAUGAAAAACUCUGUCGACAUCCACCAAGGCCCUUUUGCGGCUUGCCUUUUCCCAAACACAUUUACACAUUGUCUCGCCCUUCCUCGUCCGCUUGACUUCGCUCUAGCCCAAGCAUGGCUGGGCGUUGCUUCGCCAUGGAUGCAGAGUAAGGGCGCUUGUAGCAAUAUUACAGAUGCAAAUUUUAUUGCAAUCUUACAACAAGGUAUCGGGUACCAGGUCUCUUGCGAGACCGGGACAGUGGUCCGUGCGCUCAGAAGUACCUCUGGAUCCAUUCCAAAGUCGAGGUACUUUGUCCACGUCUUCGGCUUUGCCCUCGCGACUCAUGCAUGUGCGAGCCCCAUUGCACCAAAACCUCAGGCCAAGUUUUUUCCUUUUUUCACACCCGACCUCGUGCUUGCAGCUGCUGCUUGCUGCUCGCCAGGUGUGCUUUUCUAUACGGUUUUAAGGCCGCAUCUCGGCCUUGCGGGCCCUGCCAAAGCUCCAUCUGCACUGCGACUCAUGCAACUUCAAACUUCAAACUCCCAAAAGUCCGACAGCCUCGUUGGAACAUGGAGGUGGCUCACCCUCGCUUCCACUUGGCACCACACUCUUUUGAGACUCUGUCACACUGUGUCUGUCUUAUUUCUGCCUCCAUCGCGACGCCCAAGGUUUGGCUGCCCGUCGCACUGCCUAUUCUCCUCGCUUUGA